AUGGUCCUCCCGCCUCAUACAACACCAGCUCCGAAACCCGGUUCACUCUUCCUCCCAGCCAUGUCUUCCACGGAGCCUUCCUCAACUCAAGCACCACCCCCAGGCCCGCCCGCCGCAACACCCCUUCCCCGCCCCAAAGCUUCGGAACAAAAAGCGACAGACCCCGGCGUCCCCGCCGCCGCUGCUGCCGUCGAUCACCGCCCACCAGCCGACCCGAAGUUUGAUCUUCCCAAGCUCCGCCUGGAAAUCCGGGACCUCAACCACCCGGCAGCAGCCCAUUUCCUCUCUGCUGUAAACGCCAGCACUGCCCAGGCUACGGCCGUCCAUUCCGUUCUCAAUCUCCUCUAUGAAUCCCCCUCAUGCCCCACCACUCACGUCCCGCCCACCCGCUCCGUCACCCUGAUCCUCCGUGACAUGCCUGGUGUCGCUUAUACCACGGGCUCCGACCUUGAUGAUGACCACAAAGAGAUUCAUUUCUCCAUGUCGUACAUCGCCGGCAUUUCUGCGGAGCGCCGCACUCACGAGAUCAUGGGUGUCCUCACCCAUGAGAUGGUGCACUGUUUCCAGUGGAAUGCCCGUGGUACCUGUCCUGGAGGCUUGAUCGAGGGUAUCGCUGACUGGGUCCGCCUCAACAGCCAUCUGAGCCCACCUCAUUGGAAGCGGGAGGCUAGUGGCAAGUGGGAUGGAGGCUACCAGCACACGGCCUACUUCCUCGACUACCUCGAGGGUCGCUUCGGCGAGGGUACCGUAAGGAAACUGAAUGAAAAGCUCCGCAACCACCGCUACCAGGAAAAGGAGUUCUGGACCGAGUCUCUCGGCAGGCCGGUUGAGCAGCUGUGGAAGGAUUACCGGGAGAAGCUCAAGGAUGACGAAGCCGUGAUUGUCAACAAGGACGACAUCUCUGAUGAUGAUGUCAGGCUUGGUCUUAUGAGGGCUGCUGACGAGACUGCUGAGUAG